AUGUCUUUCGCCAGUCUGCCCUACGAGCUCCGCUCACACAUUUGGAGCUUGGCGGUAGAGCCACGCCGCAUCCACGGGGUCCGCAUGGAGCGAUGUUUUACCGUUAAUUUCGAAGUCGAUAUCUUCUGUGUCACGAGUCUCUACUGUAUCGCAGAUAUCAGCGAGUCGGUGAACCAUUUUGGGGUCCUGAAUGUCCUCGACGACUUCAUUAGCCUGAGGGAAAUCAAGAUCAUACUGGAGCCCGGGGACCUCAGGUGGGGGACAUCGAUUCUGGGCCACAACCUUGAACGUUGUCCAAACAUUACUUUCGUCGACGAACACUCUGGUCUCGCGCUGACGGGCCCUCAGCUGAGGCUUGCGGAGGAAUGGAGAAUACGAUUGUCGUUCGAUAUCGCAGGCUACCCGCCUGACCCCGACAGACUUUCAGAAGAGAUCGCCCAUGCUCGCCUGGGCUUCUGGCGUAUGAGCAUGGCAGAGAUGUACGAGAUAGGUUGA